GCUACAGCGAGAUGUACUUGCCACCUUCCGGGAGUAUUAUGACAGCAGGCGGAUCCCUAUCGCCUACGACUACAACAGAAGAGGACACAAAAUAAAGUGAACGGUGGACAUGGAUAAACUGGACUACCAGCAGCACCUGCCUCUAUUCUUUGAUGGCCUCCGUGAGACAGAACAUCCUUACAAUGUCCUCGCAGAGCAGGGGAUUUUAGACAUGCUGAACCGGGGGGGGGACAAGAUCCUCCCCGUCGUGCCAAUGCUCAUCAUGCCGAUCAGGAACGCCAUGAACACCAAGAACCUGACGGUGAUGUCCACCACCCUGAAAGUCCUGCAGCAUAUGGUGGAGUCGGUUGAUGGCAUGGGGCUGGCUUUGGUGCCCCACUUAAAGUACAUCCUGCCCGCUUUUAACCUCUUCAAGAACAAGAAGAGGAACAUCGGAGAUGCUAUUGAGAGGGGUCCAAUGAGCAUGGGAGACCUGAUCGAGGAGACUCUGCGAAAACUGGAAUACUACGGUGGCCCGGAGGCCUACAAACAAAUUAAACUCAUGGUCCCCACCUACAGCACUAUAUAUUGACAAAUCAAAAAGAAUAUCAGUGUUGUAUUGAUUUAUUUACAUAAUUUUCUUGUGAUUUAUUUCAAGCUGUAAGCUACAUACCUUGUUGUAUGGAGGGAAAAUUCUUUGCAUACACUAUUCUGAC